AUGGAGCGUGCGUCCUUGUUCUCGAUCUCCAUCAGCUGCCCUGCGCUGAAUCUGAAAGGUACCUGGGUUCUUCAACUUGCAGGGCAGGCUGCAGACCUCGUCAAGCAAUGCCUUUCGCAGUUUCUGGACGUACUGCGCAGCAGUGGUAUGGUAACAGUCGAGAAGCAGGGAGACCUCUCUGUUGGGCAGGUGCUGAACAUUGACAAGCUCCUUUACAAGCGGCUUCAGGAGUGGGAGGAAAAGAUGAAGGCUUGUGACAAGAUCAAGAGGGAGAAGGAGACUUGGCAGCGGCGCAUGAACGACAUGCGCAUCGAGUACAUCCGCGAGAUCGAGAUGUUCCGCCUCCAGCUCCGACGUCUGCAAAAGAACGAGUCGGUGUCGGAUCUGCGCGACAGCUCAAUGAAGAAGUCGAGGAACGCCGCAUCUCAGACGGAGCUCGAGGCGGGUUUGGGAGAGCUCUGCUCCGUGUGGGACAAGGUCUUUGAGAUCCAAGCACGCAUGGAUGCCAUCAACCAGCGCAACGCAGACUUCGAUAAGGCCUUGCGAUUCAGGGUGUAG